AUGUUUCGUCUAGCUCUUACUAUUUCCACAUUAUUCAGUUUUACCAUUGCUUUUCAUCAGUAUCGAAAAUUGGAUUGUACAGUAAAUGAUAAAAGAACGGAUGUUGCGACAGGAAAGAUUGGCUGUCAUUUGGUUUUAAAAAAUGAAGAAUCUGAAGUGGGCAGAAAUGCCCCAGAGGGUUCCGGUUGUUAUACAGAAGGUUCAGGUGAAAAUGUAAAAGUUUUCUGCGCCAUUGUUUGUCCAAACGCCCAUUUGGUAUUUCAUUCAAAAUCGUUGAGCGAUAAACAUUGCUUCAAAUUCAUUUCAUACGGGCUAAUCCAAAAAGAUAACGAUUGGUAUUUAUGGCGAUCGGGAAAAUGCAUUAAUAGUGCGAAGUCAUUUGAAAUUGGAUGUAAAUUCAAUGAUCCAUUUGAAAAUCAAUUUCCCGAUGACAAUGUUAUCUUUAAACAUUUAGCUGCCAGAGUUCGAGCUUCUUGA